ACAGAAUUUAAAGCAAGAUGAUGCCCAACAUGAAAGCAAUUUCAAUGGACGAAAGCUUAAAGAUUUGCUCGGCAGUUGUGCACAUUACAACACUCAGGCGAGAGAAGACGCUUUAUUGGGCCUUAAGAAUUUAUUCCAGGGCAACCCAAUCAUUUUAAAACAUAAUUUAAAUGCUGUUUUGCAACGAAUUCUUAGUUUGAUAACAGAUCUUGAAAGUUCAGUUCGCAAAGCAUUUCUGAUGCUAAUUUCACUUGUAUUCAAAUCUAUUUCUGAAACUGAAAUUUCACCAUUUUUUCAAAUAUUGUUGCAUAUCUUUGUUCAGCCAUGACCCACCUAAACGAGAACAUCCGCUUGGAUUCAAUGAAAUUCCUUGAUCUAUGCCUCAAGUUCUUCCCGCAAUUAGUCAAGGCCAAUCCAAAGAAUAUCAUAUUGAAUUUCAUGAAUGUUAUAUCUGUUGAAAAAUCGGGCAUGGCGAAGAACCGUGUAAUUCCCAUAAAGGCUGGGUUGAAAGCUAAAGUGAUGGUGCAGAAAACACAAUUAGAAGUUUUGAGCAGAUUGAAUCGCCUGUUAUGUGUGGUUUUCGGUGACGCUUCUGAAUCUAGCAGUAUUGAUAGCGAAUCUAUUACUUUUUCCAAUCUUGACCCAACGCUACUCUCAAAUUUCUCGUUGAAGACAACUUUGUCUGAAUUCCAAACUUUGACAACUAAUGAGGAUUGGCUGAAGGAGUUUAUUUCGAACUUGUCACCAGUUUUAUUUGAGUACUGGGUUGAAUGUUGUCCAGCCGAAUUCAAGACAAAUCUAAUUCCCAUAAACAAGGCGUCAGUUCCAAUACAAAUCAUGAAGGAAAUUCUGGAAAUCUUCGUGACUUUGGUUGAAAGCUUGAAGAAGAAUAGCUCGGUUCAGGAAUCGUUCCACGGAUUUUUGAACAGCGAUUUGUCAGUCCAGUUUGAUGCGCAUUUAACCAAAGCGUUUCCACUAAGUUUUACAUUUAAGCAAUCUGGGAAAAAGUCGGUUCAGUCGGUAGAAAAUAUCACAGAUGUCCAAUUGAAUAUUCUAGUUGCUCGGUUAUUGUGCUAUCAUAUUGGUGAGAUUAAGAAUGUUAAAAAGCUUCCAAGGUGGGCAUCGGAAGUCCUUUCCUACAUUCAAAAAGUGUUGCCUUCUAAAAACAUUGACAGACAACAGUCUAAAUUAAUUGCAUCUGAUAUCCAGUCCCUAACUAGCCUUGUCAAAGUGUUUUUACUGAAUUUGCCCAAGCAGUUUGAAAAUGAAAAAGUCCAGCUACUGCAAAGCAUGUAUUGUUUAUUCGAGCGUUCUUUUCGGGACUCAAAUACCAAAAAGGUCCUGUUAGAUUUCUUAGCAGAAAUUGUCAACGGCGCAAGAAACCCAAACAACCCGAUGAUAACCAUAUUGGACAAAUGGCUGACGUCUUUAUUAGGUAUACUUAUCAAGGAAAACAGUCAAGAUUUGCGAUACAAAAUAUUCUUCAUUUGUAAAUCUGGAAUCUUGCAACGAUUUCCUCGUCUCACAAUUGCAAUGGCCAAAGCACUACCUCGUGUGUUUGCAGUGGAGAGCUUUUCAAAGUUGAGUGAGAAAGUCCAACGACUUGUCAUCGAAGUUUUGUAUCACAGUGGUCAAGUCCCGUCUCGAGAAUUGUAUGAUGUUUUUGCUAAGUUGUGUAAUUCUGGUUGCCUGCUGUUGCCUGUAAGCAAGUACCUAUUAUUUGUGAUACAUCAAUUGGUUCAUUCCAAACCAAGUAACUCCCUCGUGACUAUAGCAGACUAUCUAAGCUUCAUCCUAUCGAUUGCGAUGGGCCACACACAGGACGAACUUGAACACAUGCAAGCCUACCGAGAAGGACACCCCAACUGUUACAAUUUUAAAGAAAUCUGCAAGAGAUGUACAAUUGUUGCUGAGUUUGAAAGCAACAACACUAAUCCCCAAAUAACAAGGGAAAGCUUGGAACACGCAAAUAAAGUUAUCGAGAUUAUUUGCAAUCUUUUAGCUCAGUCCGAUUAUUGUUCAAGAUUGCUUGAAAUGCUUGAGGCUCCACUUUGUACAGUGUUUAGCAGAUAUCCAACACUACCACUUUUGGUGGUGUAUCGAUUACUCUACUUGAUUAAGAAGCUUCUGCAGUCAACAAACGAAAGAGGCGCUACAGAACUUCUAGCACCUGUUGCGACUUGGUGUGCGAUAAUGUGGCAUUUCUUGCUAAAGGUCUGGUCAUUGUUUGGGAAAGCGAAUUUCAUACAAACGCUUACCAACCAUCUACAACCUGUAAUUUCAGAGCUAUGCAAGUCUUCUGAAACUAUUCUCAAGAGUAUGCUGGAUUUAUUUAUCCCAUGCACAAUGCCUGGUUUCAAGCCUCGGUUAGCAUGUCAAGUACUUACCGAGAUGUUUAAAGAGUUACAGGGUAGCUUUACUUCAGUUCACCAAUCUGUGCUGAAAGAUCUAUACAUAAAUCUGGAAUGUGCUUGCAACAAUGAGACAUUGGACAGUCAGAUAUUUUCAGACUUUAAGUAUCAAUAUCAAAGUUGUGUGAAGAAGCUUCUGGUAUGUGACCAAAUAUAGAAACGAACGCUUACUAACCAUCUUCAACUGGUAAUUUCAGAGCUGUGCAAGUCUUAAAUUCUGAAACUAUUCUCAAGAGACUUAGAGAAUGCUGGAUUUAUUUAUCCCAUGUACAAUGUUAACAUGUCAAGUACUUACUGAGAUGCUUACAGACAGAUAUGUUCAGACUUUAAGUAUCAAUAUCAAAGUUGUGUGAAGACGUUUCUGAUAUGUGAACAAGUAUAGCAGAAUUAACAAGCCGGUAUGUACUAUGCAAUAUCUUAUUUUAUUUAUAUUGUAUUGACGGUUGGCAGAUCCUACUGUAGUAAAUAAAUUGACCAUUGUUGCACAAGGUAGCAGCAGUACUUUUAAAUAUGAACAAGCUUUCAUUGGCAGGGAUGCAACUACCUGAAAAAUAUAAGGAGAAUUUCGAUGUUUCGAGCGAAGGCCCUUCGUCUGGAAUUACUUGAAUUCAAAUUUAAUCCUACCAACGAAAGCUUGUUCAUAUUAUUGGCACUACCUACACUGGCACAGACAGUAUUUUCAAGUAUGGACAACAAUUGCUACAGUAUACAGUAACCUACAACAAGUGCAUUUCAUCAAGGUGAACAACUGUAUAAUAAACUGGUGUUAUGUACUUGGGUGAAUAUGAUGUUUGUGAUGUUACUCUGAGUGUGCAUCCAUUGACCUCAUAGCUCAGUUGGCAGAGCAUUGGACAAGUUCCCAAAGGUCACUGGUUCAAUUCCCACCGUGUGCACACUCAAGUAACAUCACAAACAUCAAGUAUAGUAAAAUUAACAAGUAUGUACUAUGCAAUAUAUAAUUUAUUUAUAUUGUAUUAACGGUUGGCAAAUGCUUCUGUAAUAAAUAAAUUGGCCAUAAUAUGUUGCACAAGGUAGCAGUCCUUUUAAGGUAAACAAUAUAUUACAUUUUCUUCUAUAGACAACAAUUACUAUACAGUACCCUAAAACAAGUGCAUUUUAUCAACUGGUGAUCCACUUUGCCAGCCUAGACCCAGGGCCUUUACUUGGCAGGUGGCACUUGAUUUGUAGGUUAAAUUAAAUUAAUCGACUUAAAGUCUUCUCAUGAAAAAAGCACCGAAAUAUACCUAGAAAGCUGUAGGUCUAGGCCAUUGAACUAUAAAUAAACUGGAAGGCUAACUCAGGGGGGGAAAUUGAAGCCAGUGCAUUUUAGUUUUUCUGAGUUAUGAGCAGAAAUACUCAACACUGAACGUUGGGCUAUAUAUCAAAUUGAAGCUAUUGAAAAACACUAUUUGGUGUAGAAAUUUGAAGACUUUAGCUAAAAGGGAAAUAUUGAAAAACUACAAACAUAAUUACCGAUAAUUUGCCGUUUUGCAGUUGUUUUCGUAUUUUUUAAAUAUUUUUCUUUUUGCUGAAGUCUUGAAAUUUCCACACCGAAUAGCAAUUUUCAAUAGCUUCAAUUUGAUAUAUAGCCCGACGUAUGGGGUCAAGUAUUUCUGCUCAUAACUCAGAAAAACUAUUUUGGCUUCAUCAAAUCAUAGGCCUUCAUCAUAGCAGUUAGCCUUCCAGUUUAUUUAUAGUUCAAUGGUCUAGGCUGACACAGUAUCUUUGUCACAAUUUUUGCCUCAAGCAUAUUUGUGGUUGCAUCACCAUAUCAUGUUGCGAACUUCUGCUUCAUAGAUAUGUGGCAUCAUUCCUAAAUAGCAAUAUGGUGAUAUGGUGAAUUCUUGAUGGAAAGUUUGUGUCACACAACCGAGAUAUCGGGCGCACAAUGUUGAUACUUUCUACAUAGUUACUACGGUAUUAAUUUUGUUAAAUCUUGGGUGCGCAAUUGUCAAACUUUUCAGUCAGGAGUGUGUGUGUCACAUAUGGUCAGCACACACCCCUUGCAGAGUUCAGCCGGCUGCUGAAGGUAGGGUAAUUUGUGUUAUUACCUAAACGUGUAGGGACCAUCGUCACAGUAUUUUUUCCAAACAAUUUUUUCUCGUAUUCAAUUAGCUGUGUCCAGAAGCCAUUAUUCGGUCUGAUCAUUUUCCUUUUUGAUUUCACCAGAUAAUGUGCUUCCACAAGACUUAGGUUUUGGUAUUUCAUUAAAUAUGCAAGGACGAGAGUUGAUGAUCUG